AUGGUUCAGCCGCAAAGUCAGAAAAAUAAUAACGGUGAACCUUAUGGUCACUGCGGCUAUUCGCCGACGCUAAUGUAUUCACUCUCAGAAAAGACCUCUUCGGGGAAUUUUUCAUGUAACCCUUCAUACAAACAGGGAAACGGUUCGAUAAAUACGAACAACAAUGCCUAUUAUCGCAACCACCGUUUUUUAAAUAACAAUCAGUCGCAAGAGCAGGACUCUUAUUCCAUCGCGGACGGUGAUUCUCAGCAAAAAAAAGAGGAAGAUUCACAAGAUCAUAACGCCUCGACAACUGAAUUUGAUGAUAAUGCGUCAACCACAAAAAAAAGUCUUGCUGCGACUCUACAAUAUGGCCAAAAUAAUCAUCCAAUUACACUUCCUCCUCGUUCUGAAGAUAGUCUAUGUGUAGAUAUGCUCGUUAUGUUUGAGGCGCUACUUCCCACAAAGGAAAGUUUUGAAAAAAGAAAGCAGUUUGUCGAUAAAAUCGAAAGAAUAUUGAACGAAGAAUGGCCCGGGCAUGAUAUAAAAGUUCAUUUGUUCGGAUCGUCAGUGAACCUCCUCGGAACAUCCAAUUCGGACGUAGAUAUAUGCGUUACAACACCUUGGAGUGGGUUAAGGAAUGUAGUCAUCUUAGGUAAAGGGAUGAAAAAACAUGGAAUGCAAAGGAUUUAUUGUGUUCCUAAAGCCAAAGUACCUAUUGUUAGACUUUGGGAUCCUGACCUAAAUCUAUAUUGCGAUAUCAACGUCAAUAAUACCUUGGCCCUACAUAAUACUCGUCUGAUAAAGACCUAUGUUGAAAUUGAUCCGAGAGUUCGACCAUUGGCAAUGGUGAUAAAGUAUUGGGCGAAGCGGAGGGUUUUGAAUGAUGCAGCUAAGGGUGGUACUCUGUCGACGUAUACUUGGACGUGCAUGAUUUUGAAUUUUCUUCAAAUGCGCGAACCGCCGAUAUUACCGGUGCUUCACCAGAUACCCCACAAAGGAGAACCCAUAAUGGUGAAUGGAAUCGAUGCAUCUUUUUAUGAAGAUGUGGAAUCUCUGAGAGGAUUUGGCGAGAGUAACAAAGAAACUGUAGGUGGGCUAUUAUUUGCGUUCUUCAGACGGUUUGCUUAUGAAUUCGAUUAUGAUCAUAAUGUAAUAUCACUUCGUCAGGGAAAAUACCUUACCAAAGAAGAAAAAGGUUGGGGUGAAACCGGUAAAGGUUGGCGACUUUUAUGUGUCGAGGAACCUUUCAAUACUUCGAGGAACCUUGGUAAUAGUGCCGAUGAUACUAGCGUUCAGGGUUUAAGAGAGGAAUUCCGUAGGGCUUUUAAGAUUCUUUAUGAAAAAUUCAGGCAAGGUGCUAAAAGAUCAAACUAUUUCAAGCACAAUCAAAAUUUUCGCUCUAAUGGUUUUCACAGGCAACAAAAUGUUGAAGUUGACACCAACAAUGAUUAUAAAGAUGAAACUGAUGAUACUAAUAAAGGCGAACAAAUUUUUUCAGACAUUUCUUCUCAUCAGAGGAACGAACAAUUGAAUCAAGUUCCCGUUUUUUCAGAAAAUCAUAACUCCUAUUAUCAACGAAGUUCAAAUCUUGAGGAUGCUUUAAAUAAGAAAUCUUGUUCCCCUGAGCCGAAUAAUGACUCCGUAUCAGAGGUGAACUCAACAUCUAGCACUAAUAAUCACCUUGAGAUGCCGUCGCCUGUUCCAAGUCAGGAUAAUGCCAUUGAAUCUAGUGAGGUCAUCGCAUGCAGGUCCAAUCAAAAGUCCGUUACUGAGCUGAGUCAGAGUGGUCGCCAUAACUCGAUGAAUAACAAGAUGGUAUCUCAUUCAAAUCAGAAAAUGGCGUAUGCAACAAACCAAAAGCACAUUGGUCAAUCUAAUAAGCAGUCAUAUAACCAUUCAUCGAACCAUAAGUCCACAAAUGGAUCAAAUCGACCUAAUCGUAAUUCUGAUCAAAGGUUCGUUCGUGAGGCUAGACCAAAUUUUGCCCACAUUUCAAAUUCAAUUGUGACACCUCCCACUUCUCAAAAAGAGUCAGCAGGCAGUCCUACACUCGAUGGUCAACCUAACCAGGCUUCGAAUGUCAAAUCCGAACAAAAUAAUCAUAAGCCUACGCAUUUAAAAUUUUCUCGGACAUGCACAAAAUCUACCGACGAGAAUAGUUGCAAGACCUACAGUUAUAAUGGAGUAAAAGUUGAUGGGAAUGGUGCUUCGGUCAUUCCUUCAUAUUCAACACCCAAUAUUAGUAAAAAUGACAACUCUGUCCCGAUAAUAUUUGAUUCGAAUUUGUUGUGUUCUAACACGGUCAACAGAUUCUUCCCUUCGGGAGCCACAUCGAUAUUCUCUCAGAAUCACACGAGAGAUGACAACUCAGCCACCUUUCAACGACGACUGUCUCAUCAAUCUUCGUCGGACGGCUCAAAUAGUCAUACGAGUGUUAACAGUAGUAACACAAGCUAUAGUAAUAACAGUUAUCAGCAUUACAACACUUCAAACAAGCCCCAGGACAAUUACCAUUUGAGUCAACAUCAAAAUAAUGUAGCUAAUGGCGAAGUUAACAACGGCGUCAAUAAUGGUAAUUCGACGUAUAAUUCAGUCGCCAGUCGAAAUCUUCUUAAUAAUCAAAAAUCGACGAGUAACAUAAAUUCGAAUAACUUGAAUCAUUCCGGCGGUCCCAAGACGAACGGUAGCAGGGAUAAUAAUGGACAUUACUCGAACAAUACGAAAAUCCAGGCUGGAACUCACAGUGACAAUCGUUCCAACGGCCCAAAGGUUUUGUAUAGCAACAAUAUGGGUCAAGGAAAUUAUUCCAAUGUAAUGACCGUUAACGGUUCGAACCAUGAUAAUUACUCUCAUGGUUCAAAGUCAAUAAACAAUGGAUAUCAAAAUAAGGAUCACGUCAAUGGCCCAAAGAACAAUGGUAACGCUAACUACACGAAUAAUGGCCAUUAUUUGGGUGGUCAAAGGUCUAUGAAUGGUAUUUGUCAGAACAAUUGUUUUGUUAAUAACUUAAAGAUGACAAAUGGUAACUACCAAAAUAUCGAUAAUCAUAUGCAAUGUCCAAAAGGCUCUGCGAAUUGUGGUUACCCCGACGAUGAAAAAAAUUCUCCUAUCAGAAUAAGCGAAUUCAACUACUCCAAUGGCUGCAAUUAUUCUGACAUUCUAAAAUCGACGAAGGGAAACAACUUUAACGUCAACUACGCUAACGUGGCGGCCAAGGCCACGAAUGUUUCCAACAAUUCCAAUAACAGUCACAGCGCCGGAAGGUCCAGUAACAAUGUCAGUCGUACAACGAUCGAAAAUAUCACCUCAACAAAUCACGCAAACGAUCAAAAUUAUAAUAACGUAGCCAGGAACGCAAAUAACAUUAAGUUUAGUUCAUUCAAGAACAUUGACGGAAAUAAUUCUAAUACGCCGAAAAACCUUGAUGAAAGUGGAUCCAAUACAUCAAAGGUUGUUAGCGCCAAUAAUUAUAGUGCACCCAAGAAUGCGAAUGUCAACGCUAACAAUGGUAAUAUCAAUGCGAGUAAUCAGCGGAAUAAUAAUCAACCCAAUCGUAAAAAUCGUAAGAAACGUGCCCAGAACGCCACGGUUAAAAAGGACGAAAUCAAUUUUCAGCAGCAAAUCCAAACAUUUCAGCCUGUGUCACCAUCACAGCAGCAGCAGUCUUCGUCACAACCGAAAAGCGGUCAAAACAACAACAAUAAUAAUGGGAGAAAAGUCGGGCCACGAAAAUCAAAUGUAUAUCAAAAUCCGAUUGACAUUAGCGCUACUGUCGCAGUCACUGGUGCACGAUAA